AAUUUAAAUAUUUUUGGAUAUAUCAAAAAACUUUAAUCACAAUGUCUAAAAGCUCUAUAAGAUCUAAAAUAUCAAUUCGAUCUCAAUCUCGACAAAAAAAAAAGAAAAACGUUAAUAUAAGAGGUAAAAAGGAAAUUGUCUUUUGUUGUGGAAAUGGUGAUUUUGAUCCAUUAUUUAAAUAUGAUCAAAAGAAUCCUCCAUUUAAAUCAUCAAUAACAGCCAUAGAGUCAGUUCAUGAAUGUCCAGUACUGAAAUUUAGAACACAAUUUUUUGAAGAUAUAGUUAAAUUUUCCAAAAAGAAGGGGAAUAAAGCUAAACAAAAAUUUUCUAAAGAUCAAAUAGAAUGGAAUAAUACAGGUAAUUCAGAAUCUGUUCCUGGUACUUUGCAGAAUUUUAUUGAGGAAGAUAUUCAAGAAAUUAUAAGUAAGGAGGCAUUGAAGAAAUUAAUAGCAUUCAAAAAAGAGUGGAAAAAAAAUAUUAAAAUAAGUAGAAAAAAAGCUAGAGAGAAGGAGAUUAAAAAUAAAAUAAAAAAAUAUCCCCAUUGGUAUCAAGACUUUUCGAUUUCACAGAUGAGUCACUUGAUGAAAUUAAAAAAUGCCUUGUUUGAAGAUUUUAAAGAAAAAGCAACAUUUAGAACGCAAAAUAUUCUUAUGAAAAUUGGUAUAGUUUCCAAAUUUUUUAAAAUUGUUCCAAAUCAAAUAAAAUUCUUACUACAAAAAACUAACGUAAGACCUACAGAAUUUUUACGAGAAAUAUAUAAAAUUAUAUCAGGGGUUGAUUUUGAAACGGAAGGUCACAAGAAUAACUACAAUUUCAAUGAAAAAUUAACAUUAUCCGCAAUUGCUUUUUUGAGUCUUCCAGAAGCUAUAAUAGAAUUAAAUGAAAGACUUCCUUCAGUCAAAUUUCUUGAAAUUCCACCAAAACCAAAACCACCGAAAGUUGAUUACCCUCAAAAAAUGGAUUGCCCUUAUAAAGAAACUAUCUUUAUACCACCAAAUUUGCGUUUAUAUCAAAUAGAAUUAAAUGCAUGGCGCAAAAAGUGUGAAAUGAUUCCAAAACCAAAAUUAAUUUUACCACCGAAUGAAAAAUAUUCAAUUUUUGCAAGUGCCAAAGAAGAAAUAUUUGGAACUAAUGAAGAACAAAGGAACAAAGAAACUAAAAAAAUAAUAAAAUAUCGAGUAAGAAAAGAAUCAAUUAGAUGUAAAAAGAAAAAAAAUGUAAAUCAUUUUAAAAAAAGUAAUCUUAAAAAAAGAAAAGCAUACCAACAAAUAAUGCACAAAAAAUUUUCGGUAUCUAAAGAAAAACACUCAAAUUAUUUAUUAACUGAAUUAAACGAAAAUGAUGAAACAGCAGAAAACAAAGUUUCUGGUACAAAAGUAAUAUCAAAUAACAGUAAUGAGAAAUUAUUUGCCAAAAAUGAUAGUCCCAAAAAAAUUUAUCCCCAAGGAAGACAGUAUCUCUCGAAAAAUUGGCAAUUAUGGUUACAAAAUGUAGACGAAGAAUUUCUAAAAGUUGAAGAAGAAGCUAAUAAGCUGAUUGAAAGUGUCGAAGCUACAAUGAAACUCGUAAAUUUUGGUUCUGCAUGCGAUAAUUGUUGUAAAUGCAAGCAAGACAAAAAAACUGAUUUGCUUCAUUUUACUUCAUCUGAUCAUUUCACAAGUGGAUUUACAAUUAAUAAUGAAGAAGAAAGAGUAGAAGAAGAAAUAGAAGAAUUAGAAGAGGAAGAAGAAAAAGUAGAAAUAGAAGAAAAAACAAGGGAAGAUAUAUCCAAAACUUCUAAAGAUAAAAUUACAGAAAAGUUCAUUUCAAAUAGAAAUGAAAGUGCUUCUCCUUCAUCAAAAGAAAUGCAAAUUCUUUAUGAAAAAAAUUUCAACUUUACGCAGAGACAAACUUCAUCAUUUAAAAAUAUAAAUAAACCCAAACACCCAGAAAAACAAAGGAAUUUCGAAAAAAUUUUACAUAAAUUUGAUUUAAAAGAAAAUAAUAAUAGAGUCGAUUCUAAAGAAAACAAGAAAAUAGAUUUAAAAAAUAAUCAAAUUAAAAAUAAAAGCAGAAAAAGUAAAAAUAAAACUAAAGUGAAUCAGAAUCUGAAUCUAUCGGCAGGAGUACAUAAAUCAAAGAGAAAAAGUAGAUCUAAUAAAUUAAAAUAUGAGCAAAUAAAUAAAUUAGAUAUUGAAAAUUUUAAGAAGCUUCAAAAAAGUAAAAGCAAUAUUGCAAUUGUUCCAGAAAAAAAUGAAAUUUCAAAAAAAGAUAAAUCUUUUAAUUGUAAAAUGGAAUUAGAUAUAAAGCCAACGGCACCUGAAAAAACAUUAAUUUACCUUACAGAUCCAAUUCGUCCAAUUGAAUCAAUAACAAUAAAACCCGGCGGUAAACCAUGUCAUUGUCGUGAAGAUAGUUCUACUCGAAAAAGUGAGGAAUAUAUUCCUGAAUAUGAAUUAUAUCAAUCACCUUAUGGUACCUGCGUUAAAAAUAAAGCCAAAAUAAUAAAUAAUGAAAUUUAUCCGACAGAAAAUAAAAAUCAAUUAUUUGAGAGAAAAGAAUUCAGUUCUAAUAAAUUGAACGAUGCAUUAAAAGAUCAGUGUCUAAUUGAUUUUUAUACUCAAGAUGAAAAUUCUAAUUCAUCAUCUUGUAUGAAAAAUUCUAAAUUUACCAAUAAAAAUUAUCAUAAAAAAAAGAUCAGAAAUUUAAAAGUUAAAAAACCAGUUUGUGAAUGUAAAUACGAAAGGAAGAUUGUUAUGAAAAAUGAAGAGAACGAAAAAUGGUUAAAUCGUCAAAAAAGAUUGAAAUCUUAUAAAAAAGUACCAAUCACUCAUAUUGCUGGUAUUUUACGACCCAUGGAAAUGGAUAGAAAAUUUAUCAUAUCGGGUGUAAGGAAUAUUUCAAAAGAAAAUGGAAAUGAUGAAAUACAAUAUUGUAUAAGUGGAGUGGCUGAAAAUUAUAAAAUGGGAUCUCUUCAAUAUCUUGUUAAUGGAGUUUGUAUGCACACACCAAUUGUAACACCAAAACAAAGCAAAACAAGCAUUUCUCAUAUUUCAAAUUCAAAUAACGAGAAUCGGCCAGAAACAUUACCAGAAAAUUUCAUUAAAAAUAUAAACAAAAAGCACAGACAAAAAAUGGGUACUAAAAAGUAUAAAAAAAUAGCAAACAAUGAAAAAUUUAAAAAUUUAGAGAAAUAUAAAAAAUCAAAUAGUAAAGAAUACAGCAAGAAAUUAGAUGAUUUUGCAAAUGUCAGUAAGAAAUAUAAAAUACAGCAGGAAAGAAAUAAAAUUGAAAAUAAAGGAAAAAAUGAAAAUGAAAUAAAAAAGAGACAAGAUGUGAUAAAUAAUUCAAAAACAGUUAAUCAUUUAAUUACAAAUAAUGAUGGCGAAACAAUUUUAGAUUUACAUCAAAAACGAAAUGAAAUCCAACUAAAUGUUUUUGAUACACAUCAAAAUUUAUUAUCAAAUACGGAAAUUAAAACAGUUAAAAAACACAUUGACAACGAAUUAGACACAAAGCAAUUAGUAACAAAUGAACUUAAAAAAAUGGCCUAUGAGGGAUUUAUAUUCGCCAAGUUGCCUAGAUGUUUUGAUUUUCCUCAACUAAAUUAUUGGAUAAUGUAUAGAAAAGGAGUAUUUUUUUCGGAUCAGGAUAAAGAAAAACUUCUAAAACAAAGUGUGCAAGCAUGGACAAAAUUAAAAUUAUUUAAUUCAUUAUUAAAACCAAUGUCUAUUAAUUUAAAUAAAAAGGAAAAAUCUGAAUUAAAUUUUGAAAAUAUUUUAAGCCUUAAACGCAAGAUUGCUGAAUUAAAGGAACUUUUUUACAAGCAAAUACGCGAAGACAGAGUGAAAAGAUCUGCAAAUUUAUGGAAUAGCAUGGAAUUUGGAAAAUUUCCCUGUUUAUGGUUUAAAAAAACAUUUUUUACUUAUUUACCAGACAAGGAGAUAAAUGGACACAUUUUGGAACCUUAUCAAAUAUUUUAAUUUUUUAAAAUUUUAAAUUGCAAAUGUUUUUGCGGAUUUUAAAUCUACAUGUUUUCAAAUUUAUUUUACAAGAAAAAUUAAAAUCAU